AUGAUAGAGUUGACUUCUUUGAAUGGAAAGAUGGUCCGAUGGAAAAUUCUACUUUUCAAAUUUGAUAUAGUCUAUGUGAAUCAGAAAUCUGUAAAAGGGAGUGCAAUAGCAGAUUUUAUAGCCAGUAGAGCUUUAGAGGAUUACGAGCCCUAUAAAUUUGAUUUCCCAAAUGAAGAUCUAAUGUAUGUUGCCACCACUGAAGAAGACUCUCAAGAAAACCAUCCUUGGAAACUAAACUUCGACGGAGCCUUAAACGCUGUGGGUAACAAAAUUGGGGAAGUCUUGGUAUCCCCAAAUGGAUAUCAUUAUCUCUUUACAAGUAAAUUGGAUUUUGAUUACACAAAUAACAUGAUAGAAUACGAAACAUGCAUCAUGGGUAUCCGUGCAACCAUAGAACACAAGAUCAAAAUACUAGAGGUAUAUGGGGAUUCUGCGCUAGUGAUAUAUCAACUUAAAGGUGAAUGGGAGACAAGAGAUCCCAAGUUGAUUGAUUAUAGAAGCUUGGUCCUUGAAUUAAUUAAAAAGUUUGAUGAUAUCACCUUCUGCUACCUCCCGCGAGAAGAAAAUCAGAUGGCUGACGCCCUAGCAACUUUAGCUUCCAUGGUCAAGGUGAACAAACAAAAGGAUGUGAAACCUUGGUACCAUGACAUAUUGCGGUAUGUAAAAAAUCGUGAAUAUCCUGACCAAGCAACUGAGAAUGAUAAAAAAACGUUGAGAAGGCUAGCCAGUGAUUCCGUCUUAGAUGGGGAGAUCCUAUACAAAAGAAGAAAGGAUCAGGUGCUACUAAGAUGUAUAGACGCUGUCAAGGCUAAGAAAAUCUUAGAGGAAGUACAUGAGGGUGUCUGCGGAACACAUGCUAAUGGGUUUACGAUGGCCAAUCAAAUCAUAAGAUUCAGGUAUUAUUGGUUCAAAAUGGAAGGGGAUUGCAUCAUCAUUGAUUACUUCACCAAGUGGGUAAAGGUUGCUUCAUACGCUAAUGUUACAAAGUCGUCAGUUGGCAAGUUCUUAAAGAAAGAGAUCAUAUGUCGGUAUGGCAUGCCAGAAAAGAUCAUAUCGGACAAAGAAGGAGAUCAUAUGUCGGUAUGGCAUGCCAGAAAAGAUCAAUUUGAACAACAGCACGAUAGUAGAGGUCCGUAG